CGCACACACUACUGUCUCGCUAUCGAACCCUCGCGAAACAUUACAGUAUAAUAUAUAUAUAUAUAUAUAUAUUAUCCUAUAUUACACUCUUUACCCCACUUCGGUUCAAUAUUGAAAUCGUCCGUUUGAUCCAAAAUCACCAUGGACGCAGAAAAGGUGACCCAAUUGAAGCAAUUCAUAGACCUCUGCAAGUCCAACCCUUCAAUCCUCACCGACCCUUCUCUUUCAUUCUUCACUGACUACCUCCAAAGUCUCGGGGCUAAGCUUCCUUCAUCAGCCGGAGAGUCUGCUAGUAACAAAUCGAAAUCUUAUGUGGUGGAUGAGAGUGAUGAGGACAUGGAGGAUGCUGAGGAUGGGCCUCAACCCCAAGCAACUGUUGAUGAAGAAGAGGAGAGUGAGAUAGUUGAAUCUGACAUUGAGCUUGAAGGUGAAAUUGUGGAGCCCGAUAAUGAUCCUCCACAAAAGAUGGGAGACCCUUCUGUCGAGGUUACAGAAGAAAAUCGUGAUGCUUCACAGGCGGCAAAAGCACAGGCCUUGGAAGCAAUCUCUGAAGGUAAGCUGGAGGAAGCGAUUGAGCAUCUCACACAGGCGAUUUUGCUCAACCCAACUUCAGCAAUUAUGUAUGGAACCAGAGCUAGUGUGUAUAUCAAAAUGAAGAAACCCAAUGCUGCUAUUCGAGAUGCCAAUGCAGCUUUAGAGAUUAAUCCAGAUUCUGCUAAAGGGUACAAAUCCCGUGGCAUGGCGCGAGCAAUGCUUGGCCAGUGGGAAGAGGCUGCCAAGGAUCUUCACUUGGCAUCAAAGCUGGACUAUGAUGAGGAAAUAAAUGCUGUGCUUAAGAAGGUUGAACCCAAUGCACACAAAAUUGAGGAACACCAUAGGAAGUAUGAGAGGUUGCGCAAAGAACGAGAGGAGAAAAAGAUUGAACAUGAGCGACUGCGGCGACGGGCUGAGGCUCGGGCUGCAUAUGAGAAGGCUAAGAAGCAAGAGCAAUCGUCUUCAAGUAGAAGAGCAGGAGGCAUGCCCGGUGGGUUCCCUGGGGGUAUGCCUGGAGGCUUUCCUGGGGCUGGGGGUAUGCCUGGAGGCUUUCCUGGGGCUGGGGGUAUGCCUGGAGGCUUUCCUGGGGCUGGGGGUAUGCCUGGAGGCUUUCCUGGGGCCGGGGGUAUGCCUGGAGGCUUUCCUGGGGCUGGUGGCAUGCCUGGAGGUUCUCCUGGGGCUGGUGGUGUGCCUGGUGGUUCUCCUGGGGCUGGUGGUGUGCCUGGUGGCAUGCCAGGAGGAAUGCCUGGAAAUGUAGAUUUUAGCAAAAUAUUGAAUGACCCUGAAUUAAUGACGGCAUUCCAAGAUCCAGAAGUUAUGGCAGCUCUUCAAGAUGUUAUGAAGAACCCAGCUAAUCUUGCAAAGCAUCAAGCAAAUCCCAAGGUGGCUCCCAUAAUUGCUAAAAUGAUGAGCAAAUUUGCAGGAUCCGAGUGAAUAAUGAAGCGAAAAUGCUUGUGAGGGGGCUCGGAUAGGGUUUACUAUUUAAGUUUGUGUGUUUCAUGGUCUUUUUUGGAAAAUCAUACGUAAACAGUUCUUCAAGCCUUUUUACUUGCAUCAAUUGGUAUAGAUGAGAUUGUUAUGGGGUCAGAAAUUUCAUUGUGAAUAGUUACCUGGCAUUGCUUUUCUCUCCAGGGAAAAAAUUUAAAACUCUGUUUUUGAGUUA